GCGGCGUCCGAGCGUGCUCAAGGGCGAUGAGAUGCGGUUGUGAAGUGGGAAGCGGGGUUUCCUGUUUGCUCUUUCAACCUUGUUUUUAUCGUGCCCUCCCCAGAGGCAUGGCAUUUGGCUCUGCCCCCUGGGGGAAGAAAGAGAGAGAAGGUACUGUCCACCCUUUCAGAGGGUUGAGGGACACACUCAUAUAUCAGAAUCAGACCUAUCUGAAUGGCCUACCCUUGGACCCACGAACCAGGUACCCAGAUUACCAGGCUCUAACUGUGACAUCUAUGACCCUUUUUAUCAUCGCACAAGCCCCUGAACCAUACAUUGUUAUCACUGGAUUUGAAGUCACCGUUAUUUUCUUUUUCAUAAUUUUAUAUAUACUCAGACUUGACCGAUUAAUGAAAUGGUUAUUUUGGCCUUUGCUUGAUAUUAUCAACUCACUAGUAACCAUAGUAUUCAUGAUCAUCGUAUCUGUGUUGGCACUGAUACCAGAAACCACAACAUUGACAGUCCUUGGAGGGGUGUUUGGACUCGUGACAGUAGUGUGCUGUAUUGCAGAUGGUGCCCUUAUUUACCGGAAGCUCCUGUUUAACCCAAGUGGUCCUUAUCAGAAAAAGCCUGUUCAUGACAAAAAAGCAGAUUUGUAAUUUCAUAUUCCUUUCCUAGUUGAUAUUAAGUAUUAAAAUAUUGCUUUAUUCGUCCACAUA